UUUCAUCUUGUUUGUUUUAUGGAAAGCCCAACAAAGCCCAAUAGCUUUUAUCUUCGGACCAGUUAAUCGCAAGCUCGGAACGAUCAGACGUUGAACCCUUCCACUCUUCGCCGCCGUUGAAACUCCGUUCACCUCUUCCUUCUCUUUCCUCCUCCUACUUCUUUAUUCAAACACGAAGCGUUGUUGCGAUUCCAAACUUAGGUUGAAUCUCAAUUGCGAUUCCCAAUUGGGGAAUCUUUCGUCCUCUUGUUGUUCUAUGGCUAUAUGGCGUAUAAUCAAUCGUUCGUGCCUCAAAUACGCAUCAAACCAAUUAACAAGAAACUACUACACUCAAGUUUGUCUUGCUUCUACUCAUGUCGUGAAACAGACAACAAAGUUGUCUUCUUUUGAUAUCCCAAAUUCAUAUAUCUGUACAAGACCUUCUAAUAUCUUCCUAAAUCUCAGAUUCCUUGCCACUUCAGCUCAGACAAGGAAGAAGGAUGCGGAAGUUGACUCUGAUGGUCCACGUCUCAAUGAGAAGAUUACUGGCGAUUAUGUUAGAUUAGUUUCCGAGGAAGGACACUGUGUUGUAUCGCUGAGAGAAGCUCUCAGACGGGCUAAGGAGCUCGAGUGUGACUUAGUUGAGGUGCAGAGAGAUGCUAAGCCACCUGUGUGUAAAAUUGUAAAAUACUCGUUGGAGCAAUACAAAAAAGCUAAAGUAGGAAAAGAGCGUGCUAAGGCCAAGCGGGCUGAAGCUAUUCGACCUGAAGUCAAGGAAAUUCGGUUUACUCCAAAAAUUGAGGCUAAGGACCUAAAGUUUAAAUCUGAUCAAGCAUUGAAGCUGAUGGAAAGUGGAUAUCGUGUAAAGUGCAAUGCAGUGCCUGACAAGGACAAGCAUAAGGAACUUGAGCCAGAAAAGCUGCUUGAGUUAUUAUUUCGCUUCACUUGUUAUAUUGGGGAUGCACUUGUGGAAUUUGGGCCAGAAGCGGAUAGAAAAAGCGCAGUUGUGAUUGUUAGACACGCCAAGUUUGGCCCACCCAAGAAAGGAGGGGUGAAAAAGUUGAAGGAUAUUGACAUAAAAUCUGCUAGAGUGAAAGAAGAAUCACCAAAGUCUGAUAGCUCGGAGGCCGGAGAGUCUACUGUUGAUUAUCAGGGAGAUAUAGAGCAGUCUGAACCUGAGUUUAGUGUUGAGCAGGCUCAACCAGUUCAAGCCCAGAACACGUACGCAAAAAGAGAACCUGGCAGUGAGUUCUCAGGAGGUAGAGAUGCAAGCCGGUUUGAACCUCGGUCUCCAAACCAGCAUGUAAACCCACAACGUCCUCGGUUCCAAGCUCCAAAUCAACAACCUACCGGGCGGUUUGAUCCUCAGUCUCCAAACCAGCCUCCAAGUGCACCAAGGCCUCAGUUCCCAAACCAACAACCUGCAGGGCGGUUUGAUCCUCAGUUUCCAAACCAGCCUCCAGGUCCACCACGGCGUCAGUUCCCAGACCAAGCUCCAAAUCAGCAACCUACAGGGCGGUUUAAUCCUCAGUUUCCAAACCAGUCUCGAAGUCCACCACAGUCUCCGUUCCCAGACCAAGCUCCAAAUCAGCAACCCUCUGGGCCAUCUCCAAACCGCCACAUAGACCGGCAAGGUCCUCCACCUCGAUUUCAAAACCAAGCUCCAAAUCAACAACCUACUGGCCGGUUUGAACCUCAGCCACCAAACCCGCCCCGAGCUCCACCACGUCCACAAACCCGGUUGCCAAACAAAACCCCAAACCAACAACCUACGGCCCCUGGAAGAUCUGGUGGCCCGGCAUCAGGUUAUGGGAUUUUCAGCACCCCAAAAACGAAGUAGAACAACCAAUUUAUUGAACACGUAGAGUUGCAAAAUUUUUGUGAUACUUUACUUAGGAGAUUUGUUCAUGGCUCAUUAUUUUAUCUGUAACUAAUAAUAGUCCAUGCAUACACAUACACUUGUAGCCCUCAUUCAAUUUUUGUUUAGUCACCACCACUCUCAAUAAUCUAUGAACAACAAGAUUACAAGUA